GAGAAACCUGCUGGGAACAGAUUGCUUAUGAACAGAGAAAAUAGGAAAGGUACCAUGAACAGCCUUAACAACGGCGACAGUGGGGGAACAAAAACCACCAAACCCAAUUCCCCAACUGUUUGUCUGUGCAUUAAAUUCCUUCCCUGAUUAGAUUUAUAAGAUGCCAUUUUUGUUGUUGCCAUUGAUAAAAGGAAAAUCAAGCUUUGAUUACACAGCAUGAAAGUAAGAAGAAAAAUGGAACUAGAAGGAGCAAGAAAGAUUAAUGGGAUUGUGAGGAAGGGAGGGCUCUGGACACUCAUGUGAGAGGCAAAAGGGUUCUUAAGCUGCCACACGUGACGGGUGUUUGAAGUCAACUCAAAGUCAACAUGUUUUUAAAAAUCAACACUAGAAGCUGAGUGAGCUCCCUUUGCCUCCUUUACAUUGUUCUGCUUGCACCUGCCGCAUGCCUGCGACGGACUUGAGCAGAAGGCAACAGCAGUAGUAGGAGAAGCAGAAGCAGCAGCAGCAGCAAAGGCAGCAACAGCCUUUGAAACACUGCCAUUGAGAAGAGUUGGAGAGCGAGAAUAUUGACAUCGGUGUCUCCUGUGUGAGGCGUGGACUCUUCAGCAGAAUCCAAGGAACUUUGUGGUGGCGCUGAGCAGCUGAUCCCACUCGGGCUGAUGUGUUUGCCACAAGAGUCAGCUGUGGGGAGGGAAGGCAGGAGGGCAACAAAUCAUCCAGACUAUCCAAAGGCGAAGCGCUUUCUUGCAUAAUAAUUAGAGGGAGAAAAAGAAGAAGUCCUUUGAAAAGCAUCCUUAAUGGACAGUUGUUGCCUUUUGGGAGAUGCUGUCAUGAUUUUUGUCCCCUGUUUGCAGAGAUAAAAAGGAGUCGGCAAGAGGCGUCCAAGGCAAUUCUUUGGGGUCCCCCUCCCCAAGUCAUUGUUCUUAUCUUCUGUUCAUGCCUUGCUAUUUGCUGACCUUUUCCUUUGGAAUCUAUGCUCCUCUCCCCACUUGCUCCACCCAUACAGUUCCAGCUGAGAAGAAGCACUCCGCCACCUAAAACCUGCCACAGAAUCCCCAUGGAAGAUGUACCUUUCCAUUGAAAUGCUUUUGCCAUAACAUGCCAUUGUGGCUGCUCAACAGGAAAUAAAAUUGGAAGCAGAAAGAAAAGGAAUAGGGAAGACAGGAGGAGGAGGAAAGAAGCAAAAGCAUUAGCAAAGAAGGGAUGAUGACAUCUUUUCUUCAGACAAUCAAAUUGUAUCAAGGUUGAGACGAUCAAAAAUUUGGGAAGCUCAAGGGAGAAAAUACAGUACUGCAAAAAAAAAAAGUCAGUAGGAAUGACUGAAUUCCACGUGCUAUCUUGAAGUGGUUUUUGAUACAUGCUGUGGCGUUGCACCUAUUUGUCAGGCCUGCAUGAUGCCUGAAGACAGGAAUACAGGGGUCCGUCCUUCGGGUGCCUUAGCAUCAUCCCCCUUUGUUCCAAAAACUACCUACAGGAGAAUUAAGCGGUGUUUUAGCUUCCGCAAAGGGAUUUUUGGUCAGAAGCUGGAAGAUACAGUCCGUUAUGAGAAAAGAUACGGAAACCAUUUGGCUCCCAUGCUGGUAGAACAGUGUGUGGAUUUCAUUCGGCUGCGUGGACUGAAGGAGGAAGGGCUCUUUCGACUGCCGGGCCAAGCAAACCUUGUUAAAGAAUUACAGGAUGCAUUUGACUGUGGGGAGAAGCCACUGUUUGACCGAAAUACAGAUGUACACACAGUGGCAUCACUUUUGAAACUGUACCUCAGAGAGCUCCCAGAGCCAGUUAUCCCCUACUCCAAAUAUGAAGAUUUUCUUUCCUGUGCCAAAUUGCUCAGCAAGGAAGAGGAAACGGGAUUGAACGAAUUAGUGAAACAAGUGAAGAGCUUGCCACUAGUCAACUUCAACCUGCUGAAGUAUAUUUGCAGGUUCCUGGAUGAAGUUCAGUCCUAUUCUGGUGUGAACAAAAUGAGCGUGCAAAACCUAGCUACCGUCUUUGGUCCAAACAUCCUGCGUCCCAAAGUGGAAGACCCUCUGACUAUCAUGGAAGGAACUGUUGUCGUCCAGCAAUUGAUGUCCAUGAUGAUAAGUGAACAUGAACUACUUUUCCCCAAAGAUGCAGAUCUCCAAAGUGGGCCAGAGGUUUGUAACAACAACAAUGAGAUCCAAAAGAAAGUGAUAAUUGGUCAGCUCCAGAACAAAGAGAACAACAACACCAAGGAGUCAUCCCCAGUGAGACGCUGCUCUUGGGAGAAACCUGAAUCUCCACAAAGAACCAUUGUGGACAAUGGAUCUCCUACUGCCCAGCCUGGGAGCAAGUCAAAUAGCCCAAGGAAUAGCAUUCACAAAUUGGACAUCACCAGAAGUCCACCCCUCAUGGUGAAAAAAAAUCCUGCAUUUAAUAAAGGCAGUGGCAUAGUCACCAAUGGGUCCUUUAGCAGUUCUGUGGAGGGUCAGGAAAAAACAUCACCCUCUUUAUCAAAUGGUACUUUGCAGACUAGAAGAACAUCUUCUCUGAAAGGACCAGUAACUAAAAUGGGCACACAGAGUGUGCAGAAUGGAGGUGUACGAAUGGGUGUUUCCAGUACCGAUGCUCAUAGCAACUCUUUGAACAGCCGCAACCAGAGCUGGAUGCCAAAUGGGUAUGUGACAUUGAGGGACAACAAGCAAAAGGAGCCCAUGAGUGACUCGGGCCAGCAUAAUAGACUGUCUACUUAUGACAACGUACAUCAGCAGUUCUCCAUAGUGAACGCUGAAGAUAAACAGAGUGUCGAUAGUGCAACUUGGUCCACAUCCUCUUGUGAAAUAUCCCUCCCAGAACAUUCCAAUUCCUGCCGGUCCUCUACUACCACGUGCCCUGAGCAAGACUUUUAUGGGGCCAAUUUUGAAGACCCUGUGCUAGAUGAGCCACAGCAUGAAGACCUCACCAACCAAGGGGAUUAUGAGAGCAAAGGUGACCGAAGAAGUGUUGGGGGCCGGAGCAGCCGGGCUACCAGCAGCAGUGAUAACAGUGAAACGUUUGUUGUGAACAACACAAGCAACCAUAGUGCUUUGCACAGCCUUGUGUCAAGCUUGAAGCAGGAAAUGGCAAAACAAAAGCUGGAGUAUGAAACAAGGAUAAAAAGCCUUGAACAGAGGAAUAUCUCUCUGGAGACAGAAAUGAUGAACCUGCAUGAUGAACUGGAACAAGAGAAGAAGAAGUUCACAAUGGUAGAAAUUAAAAUGCGCAAUGCCGAGCGGGCCAAAGACGAUGCUGAGAAGAGGAACGACAUGUUGCAGAAAGAGAUGGAGCAGUUCUUCUCAACAUUUGGAGAACUGACAGUAGAGCCACGUCGACCAGACAGAGGGAACACCAUAUGGAUCCAGUGAGCGCUGCUGCUGAUAAAGACUGUGGGAUUCUGGGAAGAGGGUUGUUGUGAUAUGAUAUUUUAACAGGUGACUGGUCACCUGACUGAGGCUAGCACUCAACAUAAUAUUGUCAGCCCUCAAAAGAAGACACCCCCAUCUCCAUCAAUCAACUGCAUCUGCUGUGUGAAUUUUUUUAACUGAGAAAUCAUACUUCCUGAAUGCAUCAUAAUGCUACUGUUAAGUGUUACACAUGAGUUUGUGUAUAUAGAUUUUAAUAGGUCAACCUGAGGGGGUUGGGAGGUUGGGAUGGAAUAGAAAGAGACAAGAAAAAUAUUUUAUUGCAAGUCUUAUAUUUAAGCCAAUACCUUCAUUGCAAUCAAGCUUUAUAUUGAGGCUUUUCUUCCUUGCACUUACCAUAAUAAGCUAUUUUUGACAUUGUGUUACUAUCAGCUUAUUUUGUACAUUAAUUUUUUUUUGGUUGCCCCUGUUGCUGGGGAAUAUAUAUAUAUAUAUAUAUAUAUAUAUAUAUAGUGUUAGCUAUUAAAACAAAAACAAAACAAAUAUAUUGUGUGACUGUGCUAUUUGUGCCAUUAGCUUUGCUCAUGACCAAAAAAAUACCCAACAGCCUGUAAAUAAUUUUAUAAAAAUAUAAUAUGAAUAUCUAA